GGCUCGGCUCGGCUCGGCUCGGGGGGACCCGGGAUGUCCUCGUCGCCCGCGGAGGAGUGCCGGUCGCCCGUGGGGCUGGACUGCUGCAGCUGCUGCCUGGACCUGGCCAACCGCAGUGGGCUGGAGGAGGCGGCUGGCGGCGAGAACAACAACCUGGGCAGCCCCACGGUCAGCAGCUUCCGGCAGCUGCAGGAGCAGCUGGUCCGCAAGAACCUCAACACCGACAAGCUGAGCUCCAUCAUGCGCCAGGACUCGCUGGAGCCCGUCGUGCGGGACCCCUGCUACCUCUUCAACCAGGGCAUCUGCAACAGGAACAUCGACCAGACCCUGCUCUCCAUCCUGCUGCUCUUCCACAGCGCCUCCGGAGCCAGCGUGGUGGCCAUCGAUAACAAGAUCGAGCAGGCAAUGGAUCUGGUUAAAAAUCACCUGAUGUAUGCAGUGCGGGAGGAAGUGGAGGUCCUGAAAGAGCAAAUUAAAGAACUGCUGGAGAAGAACUCCCAGCUGGAGCGUGAGAACAGCCUCCUGAAGACCCUGGCGAGCCCCGAGCAGCUGGAGAAGUUCCAGUCCCGGCUCCCCACCGAGGUCCUGUGCCCCGAGGAUCAGAGCCCCGGAGCGGCUGCCCCAGCCCAGCACUCAGGGGGCUCUGCGGUGUAAGGUGGCUCUGUCCUUGGGGUGGGCAGAGCCACAGAACUCUUUCUACUUAAUCUCCUGCCAAAUUGAUUCCACCUUCAUCUCACACGAAGGACUGCCAGACCCCGGCACGGAGCCGUGUCCCCCCGGGUGACCCUGGCCGGCCGUUGGAGCCAGCAGCGCGUCCCGCACCGGGAUGCUCCUCUGUGGGGAGACCCAACCACCGCCGUGUGCCAGGGCACAUUGAUGGGAACCUGGGCAUCGCAACACCCCGGCAGUGCCAGGCGGCUGCUGGCAGGUGAAUGGGAAUGCAGGGAUGGAAGGAGCGUGCGCCGCGUCCGUGCCUCUGCACCGUGCAGGGGGUGCUUCUGUCUGGCAAAGCCCGAUGUUGGAGGAAGACCUUGUUCAGCGAGCAAUGCAGGCUUGUCCCACCAGCCACCCUGAAGCGUGCUGGAACCCCGACCUGACCUGAGCAGUGCCAGUGGUGGCAGCUGCAGCGUAGUGCAUGGCUGUACGCACAUCAGUGUGGGGAUUACAAGGAGAAAAGCUUGGUUAUUAGUUCGGGCAUCGUUUGUAGCUGUAUCUCUGUAUAAACACGUGCAUGAGUGGUGCCCACAAGGCUGUGGGGUGCCCUGGGCCAGCCAUGCCCACCUCUGCAGCUGGGGUGUUCCAGGCAGGACUGGAUUCAUGAGCAGCUGGAAUGGGGUGGCCAGCACUGCAGGUGGAACAAAGGAGGGGAUAGAUUCACCCUCCCUGGCAUCCACUGUGUUAGAGCCGUGCGGCAGCCCUGCGAGGAUGCGGACUGUGGAGCAGAGCCACGACAGGGGCUG